UUGGAUGGCACUCGCAUGGGUGAUCGCUAUCAGCGUACAAAGCCGGAAAAAACGGAGGAGCGCAAAGUCAAGCGUCAAAAGCGUGACGAGGCGCAGUACGAUUUUGAGCGCAUGAAGGGCGCCACAUUGCUAUCAGAGGGUAUUGAUGAAAUGGUAGGCAUUGUCUAUCGCCCAAAGACGCAGGAGACUCGUCAGACCUACGAGGUGCUAUUGAGUUUCAUACAGGAGGCAYUGGGMGAUCAGCCACGCGACAUUUUAUGUGGCGCUGCAGAUGAAAUUUUGGCUGUGCUUAARAAUGAGCGGCUUAAAGAUCGCGAUCGCAAACGGGAGGUGGACAGUUUGCUAGGUGAAGUGACAGAUGAACGCUUUGCCCUGCUCGUGAAUCUUGGCAAGAAAAUCACCGACUUCGGCAGCGAUGCAGUGAAUGCUCUGACGGCAGCUACCAAUAAUGAUGAGCAAAUUGAUGAUACUUACGGCAUUAAUGUACAGUUCGAGGAGUCUGAAGAGGAGAGUGACAAUGAUAUGUAUGGCGAGAUACGUGACGACGAUGCACAGGAUGAGGGCGAAGAAGCGCGCAUUGAUCAUACACUGCAYGCCGAAAAUCUCGCCAGCGARGAGGCUGCAAGUAAUGUAAAGAAGGAUCGUUCGCUGCAUCCAUUGGACAUUGAUGCCUACUGGCUGCAGCGCUGCCUCAGCAAGUACUACAAGGAUGCGAUGGUUUCCCAGAGCAAAGCUGCCGAUGUCCUCAAGAUACUAAAGGAUGCCGCCGAUGAACGCGACUGUGAGAAUCAGUUGGUUCUGCUGCUGGGCUACGAUUGCUUUGACUUCAUUAAGCAACUGAAAUUGAAUCGUCAGAUGAUACUCUACUGUACCAUGUUAGCGUCCGCACAAACAGAUAGCGAGAGGCAGCGCAUACGGGAAAAGAUGCGUGGCAAUACGGCGCUGGCAAAAAUAUUGCGUCAGCUGGACACUGGCAAGGCCGAUGAGCAGGAGGAGGCGGAUGCGCGAGCCAACAAGCGUGGCAAGGGCGAUGCUGACGAUGGUGGAGCCGCUGCUGCUGGUCAAGUGCCUGGUGUACGCCAACUGCUGGAACUGGAUGAGCUAGCCUUUACCCAGGGCUCGCAUUUCAUGGCCAACAAGCGUUGCCAGCUGCCCGACGGCAGUUAUCGCAAGCAGCGCAAGGGAUACGAGGAGGUGCAUGUGCCCGCUCUCAAGCAAGUUCCCUUCGAGGCGGACGAGGAGCUGCAGCCGAUUGACAAAUUGCCCAAGUAUGUUCAGCCAGUGUUCGAUGGCUUCAAGACCUUGAAUCGCAUUCAGAGCCGGCUCUACAAAGCCGCUUUGGACAGCGAUGAGAAUAUGCUGCUUUGUGCCCCUACUGGUGCAGGUAAAACGAAUGUCGCCUUACUCACAAUGAUGCGGGAGAUUGGCAAGCAUAUAAACGAGGAUGGAACCAUCAAUGCACAAGACUUCAAAAUCAUCUAUGUGGCACCCAUGAAAUCUCUGGUACAGGAAAUGGUAGGAAACUUCGGACGCCGUCUGGCCUGCUACAAUCUGACUGUCUCUGAGUUGACGGGUGAUCAUCAGCUAACGCGAGAGCAAAUUGCCGCAACACAGGUGAUUGUGUGCACACCUGAGAAGUGGGAUAUCAUCACACGCAAGGGUGGCGAGCGGACAUUUGUGAGCCUGGUGCGUUUGGUCAUCAUUGAUGAGAUCCAUUUGUUGCACGACGAGCGUGGACCGGUGCUUGAGGCGCUCGUGGCACGUACCAUACGCAACAUUGAGACCACUCAGGAGGAUGUGCGUCUGGUUGGUCUGUCUGCCACGCUGCCCAACUACCAGGACGUGGCCACAUUUCUGCGUGUGAAGCCCGACAAGGGUCUCUUCUAUUUCGACAACAGCUAUCGACCGGUGGCGCUGGAGCAACAGUAUAUUGGUGUGACCGAGAAGAAGGCUUUGAAGCGAUUCCAGGUCAUGAACGAGAUCGUGUAUGAAAAGACCAUGGAGCAUGCUGGUCGCAACCAGGUGCUAGUCUUUGUGCACUCCCGCAAAGAGACGGGCAAGACGGCGCGUGCAGUGCGCGACAUGUGCCUCGAGCAGGACACGCUGGGCAGUUUUCUGCGCGAGGGCUCGGCCAGCAUGGAAGUGCUGCGUACCGAGGCGGAGCAGGUGAAGAAUACAGAGCUAAAGGAAUUGCUGCCAUAUGGUUUUGCCAUACAUCAUGCUGGCAUGACGCGCGUGGAUCGUACGCUAGUUGAGGAUCUCUUUGCUGAUCGGCAUAUUCAGGUGCUGGUGUCGACGGCCACCUUGGCYUGGGGUGUGAAUUUGCCCGCCCACACGGUCAUCAUCAAGGGCACACAAGUGUACAAUCCGGAGAAGGGCCGCUGGGUGGAGUUGAGCGCCUUGGAUGUGCUGCAGAUGUUGGGACGUGCCGGUCGGCCACAAUUCCGUGUGUUUUCUUUGUCGUCGGAGUUCAAGCACAUCUCUGUACGCGAGGAGGAGAAACUGGAGCUGCAGAAGCUUAUGGAGCGAGUGCCCAUACCCAUCAAGGAAUCCAUUGAGGAGCACAGCGCCAAGGUGAAUGUGCUGCUGCAGGCGUACAUCUCUCAGCUGAAGCUGGAAGGUUUCGCCUUGAUGUCUGACAUGGUAUUCAUCACACAAUCGGCUGCCCGUCUAAUGCGCGCCAUCUUCGAGAUUGUGCUGACGCGUGGCUGGGCGCAGUUGGCGGAUAAAACGCUGACGCUGUGCAAGAUGAUUGAUCGUCGCAUGUGGCAGUCGAUGACGCCGUUGCGCCAAUUCAAGAAGAUGCCWGAUGAAAUCGCSAAGAAGCURGAGAAGAAACACUUUCCUUGGCAGCGUCUGUACGACCUGGAGCCGCAUGAGCUGGGCGAGCUGAUACGUGUGCCCAAGCUGGGCAAGACCAUACACAAAUUCGUGCAUCAGUUUCCCAAACUCGAGCUGUCUACGCACAUCCAGCCCAUAACGCGAUCAACGCUGCGCGUGGAGCUAACAAUAACCCCCGAUUUUCAGUGGGAUGAAAAGGUGCACGGGCAAUCGGAAGGUUUCUGGGUGUUGAUUGAGGAUGUGGACUCGGAGCUGAUAUUGCAUCAUGAAUUCUUCUUGCUCAAACAGAAGUAUGCACAGGAUGAGCAUCAGCUGAAGUUCUUUGUGCCAGUUUUUGAGCCUUUGCCCCCACAAUAUUUUCUACGCAUUGUCUCCGAUCGMUGGAUAGGAGCCGAAACACAGCUGCCCGUSUCCUUCMGGCAUYUSAUUUUGCCCGAGAAGAAYAUGCCACCRACGGAACUGCUGGACUUGCAGCCGCUGCCCAUUAGCGCUUUGCGCCAGCCCAAGUUCGAGGCAUUCUAUUCGCAACGUUUCCCGCAGUUCAAUCCCAUCCAGACGCAGGUCUUCAACGCCGUCUACAACAGCGAUGAGAAUGUCUUUGUGGGUGCUCCAACGGGAUCUGGCAAGAUGACCAUUGCCGAAUUUGCCAUCAUGCGCUUGUUUAGCCAGAGCAGCGAAGGACGUUGCGUCUAUCUGGUGUCCCAAGAGGCGCUGGCCGAUCUGGUCUUCGCCGACUGGCAUGCCAAGUUUGGCAGUCUGGAUAUCAAGGUGGUCAAACUGACUGGCGAAACGGGCACGGAUCUUAAGCUCMUUGCCAAGGGACAAUUGAUUAUAACCACCGCGGACAAGUGGGACGUGCUSUCGCGUCGCUGGAAGCAGCGUAAGAAUGUGCAGCAGAUCAAUCUCUUCAUUGUCGAUGAACUGCAGCUGGUGGGCGGYGAGGAGGGUCCCGUCAUGGAGAUCGUCUGCUCGCGCAUGCGUUAUAUCAGCUCCCAAAUUGAAAAGCAGAUUCGCAUCGUGGCCCUCUCCGCCUCGUUGACAGAU